GUUGUUUUUAAUAUUAACGUAAUUUCGAUUGUUCGAUUUCAUUUAUUUCGUUACCUGCAUUUCUCGAAUUUGUUUUCCAUACUGUACAUUCGAUUCUGUGUGAAUGCAAUGCUUUCUCUAAUUGAUUUUACUUAUAGGAGAAAAAAAUGAUACGAAACAGAACAUUCUUGCUUGGUCCAAUUUCAAGGGACGUAAAAAACGCUAUCUAUCAAAGUAAAGGUGUCACCGGUACACUAUCUUCGCUAAUAAGAAGCGCCUCGGCUUUGGCAUGUGAAACAGACUGUUGGAAAUGCAAGUUUAGACACAAUUGUCAAUUAUUCUGCCCUGGGUGUUCCACCAUACAAUGUGCAGAUUGCACGUCUCAAAAACUCAGCUAUUUCAAACUUCUUGAUUCAAAUGAGACAUACCGCAUAAACGAGAAGAAGUUGAAGUCUUUCUACAUUGAUCUGCAAGCUAUGUUGCAUCCUGAUAAAUUUGUGAACACUAGUGACACUGAACAGGAGUACUCCACGUCACAGUCUGCUUUAGUGAACGAAGCGUAUAAAACGUUGGCGGAUCCUGUUCAACGUGGUUUACACUUAUUGCAAAUAAAUGGUUAUGACAUUGAAGACAGUACUAUUCAUAAUGAUAUGGCCAUGUUGAAUGAUGUCUUUGAGUUGAACUUUCAAGUCGAUGAGACGGAAGAUAAACAACAUUUGGAUGAUCUUCUCCAUCGUGUUAAGGAACGCAUACAUGAAAUUAUAACAGACGUUGAAAAGAACUUUCAAGAGGAGAGAUAUACUGACGCUAGAGAUGGUUUGUUGACAGUCAAAUAUCUUUAUAAUGUGAAGAACAAGAUUGAUGAUAAGGCACUCAACUUAGAGUAAAAGUCGUUUCAGCACGUCGUUCUUUCUUACAAGUAUACUUAACGUAUAUAAAAAGUAUAUUGAUAAAUUUUUUUCCUGAAUAUUUUUUACAUAUUUAAUUUUCGCCAAUUUAAAUUUCGCGCUAACUUUUAAGCAAAUAAUGCAGAAACUAGCUGUUUCCCGUGGAAGAAUCCACUGUAUUCCAUUUAAUUUAUGUAGCAGAUAUAUGUCCAUCAAAAAACAAACAAUACAGCAGUGCGCAUCUUA